GCCAAGAAAGUACACGCACGCGUGCAGUUAUAGGCACGCACGCACACGCGAGGACUAGAGCGGAAUAUCGAGAGCACCGCGGCCGGCCGGCGUGCACCUGUCCCCCGCCAAGCAAGCACACGCGGAGACCCCCCGACCGGACGUCCUUAUGUGUGGAUGGGACCAAAGCUACUCGGCGACCUCUCAAAGCUCGGCCAUGUUGACCAGUGAGGGGGCGCACGCCAUGGACCAGGACUACACCCAGCCCGCCGCAAAGAUGGCGUCCACUGGCUCGGACGUCGUAAACCCUGAGUCGGACGCAGACGAUGAAGCGGACAUGACCAGCUGGACUGAAGCCGAAUUCGAGGAGAAGUGCACCUACAUCGUCAAGGAUACAGCGCGAGAGGCCGGGCCAGAGGGCGCCACUAGCGCAGCUGACGCUAGCGGCGUUAGGGCGCGUGCGUCGCUGCCCCGGAACCUCAUGUUCAAACACACAGCUGACGGAAAGGAGGUCGCGGGCGUGUGCAGCCGUGAGUACAUCCCCAAGGGAACCCGCUUCGGCCCGCUGGUGGGCCAAAUCUACACGGCCGAAAAUGUACCCAAGGACGCCAACCGCAAGUACUUCUGGCGGAUCUACGCCGACGGCGACUUCCACCAUUUUGUGGACGGUCUGGACGAGGCCCGCUCCAACUGGAUGCGCUACGUCAACCCUGCCCACUCGGCGGCCGAGCAAAACGUUGCGGCGUGCCAGAACGGAUUGGACGUGUACUUCUACACCGUCAGGCCCGUCCCGGCCGGCGCCGAGCUGUUGGUGUGGUACUGCCACGACUACGCGCGAAGGCUGCACUACCCGCCGUCUGGGGAGCUCAUGAUGCAGAAGCUUAAACGGUCGCUGUUGGAGGUGAAGCAGCAUCAGGCGUCGGACCCUUCGCCGCCCCCGCCCGCAGCCCCCAGACCCCCCAAGAGGGAGCACAGCGUCUUAUCCAUCCUGCGCGAUGUCCCCAAAAGCGAGCCGAGCCGACCGCUGCCCACCCGAGCGCGUUGCGCUUACAGUCCGGAGCGCCCUCUGUACCCACAGGCGCUCUACCCGACACUUAGGGGACAUCCUGAGGAUUUCCUCAAAACUGGGGGACUGGGGUACCCGCGUUCACCAGGCGACCAAUCCUCAGCGACGCCCAGUCCGUCAGCGAGGAGCAGCCCGGAAAGCAGCCCCCAGGGGAGCCCGUACGGAUUGAGUCCGUACCCCAGCUACUCGCCUCCGUCCGCCGCCCCGCUGUCACCCUUCUACGCCCCGGGGGCGCCCUACUCUCGCUACCUCCUGCCGCACCACUACGCACCCCCCGUGGGCGGCGUCUACCCCAGGAUGUACCCGCUCUACCUGCCGCCACACGUGCCCCUCCUGCCCUCGGACGCAGCCGGGCGGCGCUUCCUGAUGUCGGACGCCGCCCACCCGCAGAGGGACCUCCUCUUACCGGCUCCCACCAGCGCCUUUUCGGCCGCCGCGUCCCUCAAGGACAAGGCGGCCGCGCAUCGGCCUUACGCUGGCCUUCGCUCGCCGUCCACCGGGUGCCCGGCCGCGGGGGUCCCCGCCGAGCGGGUCCUCGGCAAACUGUGCGACUCGGACGAAGAGGCGGUCAAUCUGGUGAAGGUGAAGCGGGGCGUCGGUUCGGCAGGGUACAAGGCGCUGCCUUACCCGCUGAAGAAGCACAACGGGAAAAUCAAGUACGAGUGCAACGUGUGCACCAAGACCUUCGGACAGCUGUCCAAUCUUAAGGUCCACCUCCGUGUCCACAGUGGCGAGCGACCGUUCAAAUGUCAGACUUGCAACAAGGGCUUCACGCAACUAGCCCACUUGCAGAAACACUACCUGGUCCACACGGGGGAGAAACCGCAUGAGUGCCAGGUAUGUCACAAGCGCUUCAGCAGCACCAGCAACCUAAAGACGCACCUGCGCCUCCACUCUGGGGAGAAGCCGUACCACUGCAAACUCUGCCCGGCUAAGUUCACGCAGUUCGUCCACCUCAAGCUCCACAAGCGCCUGCACUCUCGCGAGCGCCCCCACAAGUGCCCGCAGUGCCACCGCCACUACAUCCACCUGUGUAGCCUCCGCCUCCACCUCAAAGGCUACUGCCGCACGUCCGGCGCCGAGGAAGUCCAACGCGCCAACGAGGAAAUCGAACGCUUCGACUUGAGCGAGCACGCCGAGCAACUGGAGCGGCUCCGGGGCGGCGCCGAGUUGGACGCCGUGCUAGAGAAGCAGGUUUUGGGGGCCGUGUGGCGCCAGACCUCCGUCAUCAAGGCGCGCCACGGACUGUCCGUCAAGCAGGAGGCGGAUCCGUAAGGGACCACUUCAGGGACUCGCUACUCAGGGCUGAAAUUUGACAAUCAUCCUCCUAAGGUCUUCAUUUCCACAUUUUUUAAUUUAUUUCCAGAACAUUCUUCAGGGUUUACAAGAAUGAUUACGCCAUUUGCCCCUUUAACCACUUAACUCAUUCACUGCCACUGACAGCGAUGAAGCGGUGUUUCAGUGCCAUUGACGGCGAAUGACAUCCAAUUCAUUUGGACUUCACAAACCACUGAGUCUUAUGACCACACAAAGAAAGAAAAAAAAUGGCCUACAAGAAUACACUUGUGAUAUUUCGAGAUUUAAAUCUUAAUAUCACGGGAAUCAAAUUAGAUUAUCACAAGAUUGAAGUCAAAAUAUUCCAUAAAUUUACGUAAUACAAUAUAUAUGGAUGCUAAAUCGUAUUAGUACGACUUUACGUACGUUAAGUUGUAAAAAUACAUAGUUUAAGUCAUAUAUCGGAAUAUUACAAGAUUGAAAUUGUAGUACGAGACGAAAAAGUCACAAUAUUACGAGGUUAAUGUCGUAAUGUUAUGUAACUCCAUAAUUUACGCAAAAUAUAUACUGCACGACUACGUUGUAUUAUAACGAAUUGACGUAAUAUUACGAUUUAAGUCAUAUUAUUACAAGAAUUCAAUCAUACAACAUAAUAUUGCCAGAUUAAACUCAUAAUAUUACAUAACUUUAUUUACUCUGCGUAAUUUGAAUGGAUGCAGUACGGAUGAAUUGUAAAAUUGCGAAUCAAAGUAACUUUACGAGAUUUAAGUAAUAAUGUUACGAGAUUUAAAUCAUACAUCGCAAUAUCUCGAGACUAAACUCUUAACAUUUCGACCUUUCCCUGCCGUUCAGCUCGUAAAGUUAUGACUUUUUUAUUGCCGUAAUAUUACGUAACAUUAAGUACGUUACGUUGAGUACGUUAAAUUGUAAAAAUACAUAGUUUAAGUCAUAUAUCGUGAUAUUACGAGAUUAAAAUUGUUGUACGAGACGAAAAAGUCACAAUAUUACGAGGUUAAUGUCAUAAUGUUAUGUAACUCCAUAAUUUACGCAAAAUAUAUACUGCACGACUACGUUGUAUUAUAACGAAUUGACGUAAUAUUACGAUUUAAGUCAUAUUAUUACAAGAAUUCAAUCAUACAACAUAAUAUUGCCAGAUUAAACUCAUAAUAUUACAUAACUUUAUUUACUCUGCGUAAUUUGAAUGGAUGCAGUACGGAUGAAUUGUAAAAUUGCGAAUCAAAGUAACUUUACGAGAUUUAAGUAAUAAUGUUACGAGAUUUAAAUCAUACAUCGUAAUAUCUCGAGACUAAACUCUUAACAUUUCGACCUUUCCCUGCCGUUCAGCUCGUAAAGUUAUGACUUUUUUUAUUGCCGUAAUAUUACGUAACAUUAAGUACGUUACGUUGAGUACGUUAAAUUGUAAAAAUACAUAGUUUAAGUCAUAUAUCGUGAUAUUACAAGAUUAAAAUUGUUGUACGAGACGAAAAAGUCACAAGAUUACUAGGUUAAUGUCUUAAUGUUAUGUAACUCCAUAAUUUACGCAAAAUAUAUAUUGCACGACUACGUUGUAUUAUAACGAAUUGACGUAAUAUUACGAUUUAAGUCAUAUUAUUACAAGAAUUCAAUCAUACAACAUAAUAUUGCGAGAUUAAACUCAUAAUAAUACAUAACUUUAUUUACUCUGCGUAAUUUGAAUGGAUGCAGUACGGCUGAAUUGUAAAAUUGCGAAUUAACGUAACUUUACGAGAUUUAAGUAAUAAUGUUAUGGGCUUUAAAUCAUACAUCGUAAUAUCUCGAGACUAAACGCUUAACAUUUCGACCUUUCUCUGCCGUUCAGCUCGUAAAGUCAUGACUUUUUUAUUGCCGUAAUAUUACGUAACUUUGCGUACUUUACGUAAUAUGUAUGCACUGCAACGUUGUAUUAUUACAAAUUAACGUAAUUUUACGUACUUUACGAGAUUAAAGUCAUAAUAUUACAAGAAAAAAUUCUUAAUAUUUCGAGAGUAAAGUCAACAUAUUACUUAACUAUUACGAGAUUAUCUUAAUACUUUUUGUAAUAUGCAUGACGCAGCACGGCUAUGUUUUAUUAUUAUGAAUUAACGAAAUACAUACUUCCCAUGUUUUAACACAUAAUAUUACAAUAUUUCAAUCAUACAUCGUAAUAUUAUGAGACUAAAGGAUAAAAUAUUACAAAUUUUUUUCUUGAAGUAUUACGAGAUUAAUUUCAUGAUAUUACAUAACUUUAUUUAGGAAAUAUAUGAUAUUUAGCAUGGCUAAAUUGUAUUAUUAAAACUUUACAAAGCCUUGUAUUCGUUUCGAGAUUUAAAUCGCGGUAUUACGAUAUUUAAUUCCUAAACCGUAAAAUUAUGAGAAUAAGGUUUUUUCUCGUAAUGCUACAUUAUUCUUGUAAAAGUACAAUUUUUUUCUCGUAAUAUUACGACUAUAAUCUCGUAAUCGUACAACUUUGUUGUUGUAAGCCAAUUUUCGUCAUAAAUAUAUUGCGAAAAAGUCGCAAUUUAAUGAGAUUAUCAUAAUAUUACCUAACUCUACGUACUUUGCGUAGUAUGUAUGGCACAACAUGGCUAUGUUUUAUGAUUACGAAUUAAUGUAACUUUACGUUCUUUAGGAGAUUUAUGUCAUAAAAUUACAAGAGUUCAACCGUACAUUGUAAUAUUACGAGAUUGAAGUCGUAAUAUUACAAGAAAAAAAUCGUAAUAUUAUGAGAUUAAAGUCAUAAUAUACAUCUUUUUACAAUAAUUUUACAUCACUUUAUUUACUUUACAUAAUAUAUAGACGAAUGCAGCUCGGCUAUAUUGUAAUAUUGUGAAUUAACGUAAAUGUACGUACUUUACGACAAUUAAAUCAUACAUCGUAACUUGGGCUGCAGCUAUCGAAUAUUUUAGUAGCCGAUUAAUCGAUGGACUAGUUAGUUCGAAUAAUCGAGUAAUCGGAUAAGGGACACGAAAAAGUAAGAUACCUGAGCUGAGCCUGAAACGGUCUAAAAAAAUAAAAAUAAAAAUGAGGAUCUAUGUCCACCAAAAGAACAAAUGGCUAAUUUACGCAGAAAAAGUCCGCUAGCUUUAACUGUAUUAAAAUGCUUGUUUUUUUUGUUUUUUUUUCUUUCUUUCUACAAUGCUCUUAACAAAUGGUUCAGACACAUAUCUCCACACAAAAAAAAAAAAAAACGGCUGAAUAUACCUAUAAACUAAAUCAUGAAUGCAUUAAAAAAAGAUUAGCUCAAACAAAAACUUAGCUUACGUUGGUCUUAACAGGGAACAGUGGGAUUCAGCCAUGUGAAAAGAGGCAGACCAGAGGGCAGUGUAUCAACCCUAAUCAAUAAAACUAAAUGUAAACACUUUCAAAAUAAACCAUUACAAUGCCACUUUAAUUAAACGAAUACUCGAAGCAACAAAAUUUAAUUUGAAUAUUUAUUUUUAAUCGAAUACUCGAGUUAAUCGAUUAAUCAUUGCAGCACUAAUCGUAACAUUUUUCUCAUAAUGUUACGACUUAUCUCGUAAUAUUACAACUUUGUUGUUGUAGGCCUAUUUUCAUCAUAAAUCGUAAUAUGUACGAAAAAGUCGCAAUAUUACGACAUUGUUUUCAUAUCACGUAGCUUAUAUCACGUACGAAGUACGUAUGGAGGCAGCAAGGCUAAAUCAUUAUUUUGCGAUUAUGCUAGCAAAUUUUUAAAUCAACUUUUUCAGUACAAAUAGACAUCCAAUCAUGUGUUUCGUUUCAUCCUUUUUAAACAAACGUUCCAAACACGUUACCGUCUAUCCGUGUCGCCUUCAUAAUGCGAAUUAUUUUUAAACCAGAAUAACGUAGAAAAAUGCUCGUCUUUAUUCAAUGCUUCAUUGCGUGAAUCCACUCACGUUUUGACGCUCACGUCAUUUUUUCGAUUAAAAACCCGAUCCUUUUCACCUGAUUCCGAUCAACUGAAAAAUGGCGCGAUUGGCCCGAUUUCCAAUCAUGUGACCUUAAAUUUAAGAUUUGAUACCGAUACUAACAAUUCAAAUGGAUUGGACAUAUAGCGCCGUCAAUGACAGACACUCAUUUAAUUCAUGAAAUAAUUUUAAAGCUGUUUUAACAGUAGCAAGUGUGUUAACAUAUUCCCUUAGUUUGCGUGUCCUAUGUAGUAAUAUGACAUUAAGUUAUGCGGUAAACGUAAAGAAAAUUUCAAGUAACUCUGGUUCAUCUAUCACCAUCAAUGGCAGUCAAUGACUUAAUCAUUUAAAUAACAGGAACAAAGGGCAAGUGUGUGUGCGUGUGUCACAACAGUUACCUCAGAGUGUGUGUGUGAAAGUGCGAGCGAGUGACGGGAAAGGCUAAAGGCGGAACUUUUUUGCUAUUUAUUUGCUCUUUGGCUACUUGAAGAAGAAGAAAUGAAAGUGGAAUGCAGCUGGUCAACAUGUAGCACAUGUUUUUGUUUUGUUUUUAUUUUCGGAUGAUGGUGACGCGGAUGGGACGAUCCAAACCAAAGUUGACUUCCCGUAAAAGCAGGAAGAAUGUGAAGAAGGGACUUUGAAUGGAGUUUUAUUUAUUUUAUUCUUCAUGAUUUUUUCUUUGUUUUGUAUGGUAAUGUUUGGUUUUUAUUUGUAAGUAAUGAAUGAUGUUGUGUGAGAGACUAUGAACCAAAGUGGAUCAGAUUUCCGAACUGUAAACGUAUAAAAUAAUGCAAGAUUUUAUAAAAUGGAUGUUGUUCCUUUUUUUCCUGUUAAUUGAAAUUUUUUUUAAUUGUAAUUAAAUUCUAAGAUUAUUUUUCAUAAGAUUGUGUGACACUCCAAACCAAAGUUGAAAAUGUCCAAAGUGGGAAGAAUUUCAAGAAAGGGAUUUCAAAAAGAAAGAAAAAAAAAAAGAAAAAAAAAAGAAAGAAAGGGCUUUAGUUUUUAAAAAUAAUUUAGUUUUUUUUUUUUCUCUCUCUCUCAUUUGAAUGUUUUGAACCCCUAAUUUUCUGUUUUCUUUUUUGUUUUUAAUUUCUUAAUUUUAUUUUGAAUUUUAUUAGUCCUUUUUUUUUUUAACAGAAUUUGGAUUUUAAUUGAAUUCUUAAAUUAUUGAUUUGACGUUUAUCUUCAAUUUCGGUUGCAUUUUUUAAUUUGUGAACAAUUUUAUUCCUAAUUGUUUUAUUUUUAAAGUUUUUUAUUUUAUUUUUUUUAGCCCAAAUUUUCAGUUGUUGUUGUUUUUUUUUUAUUUCUUAAUUUUAUUUUAAAUUUUAUUUGCCCCAUUGUUUUUUAAAUUAAAUUCUUAAAUUAUUGAAUUGACGUUUACCUUUAAUUUGCGUUUCAUUUUUAAAAAAUUUGAACAAUUUUAAUCGUUUAAUUUUUAAUAUUUUCUAAUUUUUUAAUUAAAAAUUUUUUUAAAUUAGUUUUUUAACCCCUAAUUUUCAGUUUUAUCUUAUUCAUUUUUUUUACUUUUAGUUGUAUUUUAAAUUUUAUU